CGUAGAUUUUCUACCCUCUUCCCUUGUGUUAUUGUUAUGGGACCAAGUUCUGUCACAGGCAAAUCCUGUGCGCAGGUAGAAUCUAGACUGUAGAUCUAUAUCCAGGCCUACGUCUGAUAAAUGCAAACGGCGUUGGUAGCUCGGACUCAGGCAGAGCAGAGGAGAACUUGAAGACUCGGCACGGUGUGUUUCGCUCACUGAGUUCUAAGAAACAAGAACUGUAGCAAUCGAGACAGACAGCAUGGCAAAGGAGUGUUGGGCGGCCACGUGGAAUCAGAAGAAACUCUUCGUCGUUUUGUUAAUUCUCACUUCCCUCAGCACAAGCUUUCUACUCUUGCUUGCCUACAAAUUGUAUUUUGAUCCAAAGCCUUGGACAUGGCCAGCCUCAUAUGCUAUUCAAGGAAAUAGAAAUUUGAUGCCUUUGAAAAGAUUCAGAAUCUAUAAACACUCAGAACUAUUUUGGUCCCAAACGGAUGAAAACGGUCCCAAGGUUAUUGAUGGUGACCAAAUGCCUUCAGACACUGUGGAUAAUAAAUUCAACAGGAUACAUGAUACUGUGGAUCGGGGACAAAUCAUGGAGAAAAACUUGACCACGAUAAUUAAAGAGACAUCUCUAAAUUUGAAUUCGGUGUGGGAAAACGUGACAGAAUCUUCGGUAUUAUCAACAACCAGAGCGCCACUGUUUAACGAUGCAAGUAAAAAUGGUAGUCUGAUUUAUAAGCGUCCGGUAAUCCAUCAUUUGCCGGGGAUGUCACGAGAAAAUCUGAAGUGGUUUUCCAUUGGUACAUCCAGGGCUACGUUAUGUUCGUGGACAGACAACUUGAACGCUAAAGAAAAGGAGUGGGCAGUGAAGGCGCUUCACGAACAGGGAUACGACUCCACUGAUCAGCACACCUUCAAAUCACCCUUCAUUGUCACACCGCGGCUGUACAGGAAUGCGGUUAUAGAAAUGAGCUUCAGAAAUAAAGCUAACAAUAAAUUGGCAGCUCGGCCCACAAAAAAGAAAGUAAUUGCAUGCUAUAAUUGUCCGACAUUUAUAAGAAAUCCCCAACCUUUUGUCUCUUACAACAGAGAUUUCUCCGCUUGUCCGUACAGUGAAUGUGAGUUUCACAGUUCGCGGGACAGACUCAAUGAAUCAGACGCCGUCAUCAUAUUCAUGGAGAAACGUAUCGGACUUCCACCUCCUCGACCAUCUGGUCAGAUCUGGAUUAGUUUUCAAAUCGAGGCCCCACAACGAUACAGGUAUCCAGCAAAAUACAAUCUGUGGAAGGACCAGUUUAACUGGACAAUGAACUAUCGCUUGGACGCAGACAUUUUCACACCAUAUUCGGUAUUCGCCUGGACCCACACGGCUCAGCCCACAAGGGACGACGAAUAUUAUCAAAUGGCUCUGAGCAAGCAAAAAUCUGUGGCUUGGUUAGUCAGCAACUGUGGCACUCCCAGCAGAAGGGAAGCCUACGUGAAGGAGAUGCAGAAAUACAUCGAUAUCGAUAUUUACGGACCUUGCGGAACUUUAGAAUGUCCAAAAAGUAACAACUCGGAAUGUGGAGAACAUAUACAGAAAACAUACAAGUUUUACUUAAGCUUCGAGAAUAGCUUUUGUAAGGACUACAUGACGGAGAAAAUGUACCGUUGGUAUUUACCUAGAAGAUACAUCAUACCGGUCGUGAGAGGAGGCUUCGACUAUGAUAAAUACAUGCCCCAAAAUACGUUCAUAAAUGCGGCUCAUUUCUCAACCCCUAAAGAUCUCGCAAUGUAUCUGAACAAGCUUGGCGACGACCCAGAGGCCUAUGCCAUGAUGCUGAAGGAGAAAGAUAAGGUGGUAUGUUUGAAGAGGAAAUUUGAUUGGUGUGACAUUUGUGAAAAGCUGCAUACAGACAAGAGUGUCAAAACCAUUCCGGAUAUUAGGCAAUGGACACAUAAUUUUGUCUGCAGAAAACCCAUAGAAGGAGAAUGAUUUUCCAAGUCAAACAGGGAAAUACAAAAAAUUAUUUAUUUUUCAACCACCUAUUAUUAUCGCUGCGUUCCAUUCAUAUGAAACUCAGCCUUAUAGCAACUAUCAAAUCUAAAGAAACCAGACUGUCUUUCAGUCAACUUGUCGGCCCCUCCCCCCCUCUCUCUCUGUCCCUCCCUCUCUUUCCCUCUCUCACCCUCUCCCAAGCUUCCUCUCUCUUCUCGCCUCUCUUUCUUUUGUUUCCAGGCUGUCUGUAUGUCUGUGUCUCUUUAAUUCCCUCUUUCUCAAAAUCACUCUCACUUUCUCCCUCUUUUUCUAAGAUCUCCUUUACUCCAGUCGUCUGCCUCUUGACAAUAUUGCUCCCUCUACCAUCCUUCUCUGUCUCACUCUCUCCUUUUCUUGACUUCCUGUAAUUUAUUCACUUUCUGUAUCUUUAAUGUAAUUCAUUGUCUGUGUACAUUACAAUAAUAUGGGUGAUACUGGUUUGGUGCUGUAUCUAUGCUAUGUAUGUUAUGUAUGUAACACACACGACACACACAUAUUCACACACAC